AUGGCCUCCUCGCCUUCACCAAGCCGGUCUAAUAGGCCUAGCCUAGGGAAGAAUUCCUUGGGGAGAAGUAAUAGCUACCUAGAUGACCAUCUCGAAUAUAGGUCACAUCAAAGCGGCCCAACGACAAGCAUUGAUGGCAUCCUCGAUCAACAGCCUCCACGAAGUCCCCGUAACACUAUAUCUAGUGCCUCACUGGCAUCUAGAAGAUCUGUCAGCGCAAUCGCGCCUUCGCCGAUAGUGUCUCAAGAGAGUGGAACUGUUCAUACAAUGUCGCAUACCAAUUGCAUACCUCAAUUGGGCGAUCCUCGUCGGAUUGUAGCUACUAUUUUCUAUAACUCAAAGUCUCCGCGACACCCACACAUCCAUCCCGACCAGUCGCCUCCCGCAAACCCUAGGGAUCCUCUGCCCGCGCCAGAAAUUGCCGAGGGUUCUGCUCCGACUACAAGCAUAUCUGAAUAUCCGCUUGAACCGCCUGCUCCUGAACCCGAGCCCCUCGAUCAUCUUUACGGCGCGUACGUCUCACAACUAUGCUUGACACAUUUUUUGGCUACUCUAGACUCCCUUCUCAUUCACAACAAGCCAGAGGAACGAAGGCUGACAUCUUCGCACCGGUGCCUGUCGCCUGACCCAGCAAAGCCCCGAGUUGUCGAGGUCACCUUCAGCCCACCUCCAAACCCAGAAUACCUCCCGUUCGAUCUGAUAACGAAACACGAGUCCAUCUAUAAGUUCGAACGAGAAUGGAAUUGCGAAGUCAUUCUCCAACCAUCGACGGUGUUUCGCUGCCACAAGCGCCUUUGCGUUUUUGACAUGGACUCUACUCUGAUCCAGCAAGAGGUCAUCGACGAGAUUGCGGCUUUCAUUGGUGUCAAGAAGGCCGUCGCUGCCAUCACCGAACGCGCAAUGAAUGGUGAACUCGACUUUUCUGCCUCUCUCAAAGCCCGUGUUGCCCUCCUAAAAGGUGUACCCGCGGACGUUUUCGAACAUCUAAAGCCAAAGAUUGUCAUCACGCCAGGCGCCAGGGAACUUUGCAAGUGUCUUAAGCGGCUCGGAUUCACGCUCGCGGUGCUUAGUGGUGGCUUCCAGCCACUCGCAGACUGGCUCGCCCACGAACUCGGUCUAGACCACGCCUUUGCCAAUCACCUUGUCGUAGACCCGGAGAGUAAGACGCUUACAGGCGAGCUCAACCCAGACUACCCGAUCGUCGACGCGCAGCACAAGCGCAAUCUACUGAUCAGCCUGGCGGGCACCAAGGACAUUCCGCUCGCGCAGACCAUGGCCGUCGGAGACGGAGCUAAUGACAUCCCCAUGCUGAAGACGGCGGGGUUGGGUGUUGCGUGGAAUGCGAAGAGUAAAGUCCAAAUGGAGGCGCCGGCGCGCUUGAACAUCGGAAAGAGCAUGCUUGACCUGGUCCAUCUCCUAGGCCUGACCGAGCAGGAAGUGCAGGAAUUACUGAACGCUUCUUGA